GAAAGCACGGAGAUCUCUAUCACGGAUGACAAAUAAAUAAUUGGGAGCAGUACACGGGCACCCUUCCCUGUCCUCCAUCCAAGAAGCUGCCAGAUCAGAUUUGGACUCUAUGCAGAGUUAGAAAUGCCAUGCCGGGUGCUGUUGGUUUUGCUGCUGUGUGCUGGAGUCCAGUGCCAGCUCAGAGGCUUGUUCCCUGCAAUCUUAAACUUAGCCAGCAAAGCAGACAUCAGCACCAAUGCCACCUGCGGUGAAAUGGGACCGGAAAUGUUUUGCAAACUUGUGGAACAUGUGCCAGGGAGAAUAGACCGAAACCCACAAUGUCGAAUCUGUGACCAGAACAGUGUUAACGCAAAGGAGCGUCACCCAAUCACCAAUGCUAUUGAUGGAACGAAUGACUGGUGGCAGAGUCCAAGCAUACAGAAUGGCAGGCUGUACCACUGGAUCACCCUCACACUGGAUUUAAAACAAGUCUUUCAAGUUGCCUAUGUAAUUAUUAAAGCAGCAAAUUCACCAAGACCUGGAAACUGGAUUUUAGAGCAUUCUUUUGAUGGAGUUGAAUUCAUGCCAUGGCAGUAUUAUGCAAUUAGUGACACAGAAUGCCUGACUCGUUACAACAUCACACCAAGACUUGGGCCGCCAACAUAUAAGAGAGAUGAUGAAGUCAUCUGCACAUCUUAUUAUUCAAGGCUUGUGCCUCUGGAGCAUGGAGAGAUCCACACCUCACUGAUUAAUGGAAGACCAAGCGCUGAUGAUCCCUCCCCAACUUUGUUGGAUUUUACCUCCGCACGUUACAUCCGUCUUCGCUUGCAGCGCAUUAGAACUCUUAAUGCUGACCUCAUGACUUUAAGCCAUAAUGAUUUAAGAAAUGUGGAUCCUAUUGUUACUCGAAGAUAUUACUAUUCUAUCAAGGACAUAUCUGUUGGAGGGAUGUGCAUUUGUUAUGGACAUGCUCGUAGCUGUCCUUGGGAUGAAGUAACCCAGAAACUCCAGUGUCAGUGUGAACGCAACACUUGUGGAGAGAGCUGUAAUGAGUGUUGCCCUGGUUACCAUCAGAAUCCAUGGCGACCUGGCACCAUUUCUGUUGGCAAUAAAUGUGAGAAAUGUAAUUGCCAUAAUAAAGCAGAAGAUUGUUAUUAUGACCAAACCGUGGCAGAUCGGAACAUGAGCUUGAAUAUUAAUGAUCAGUAUAUUGGAGGGGGAGUUUGUAUCAACUGCACACAAUUUACAGCUGGAAUUAACUGUGAAUCAUGUAUAGAAGGUUAUUACAGGCCACACAAGGUCUCCCCUUAUGAUGAAGCUCCAUGUCAUCCAUGUGAAUGUGAUCCAUUUGGUUCUGUUAGUCCUGUCUGUGUUGUUGAUGACAACCAUUCUACUCAAGGUGCCCUUCCGGGUCAAUGCCCAUGUAAGGAAGGUUAUACCGGCACAAAAUGUAACCAGUGUGCUUUUGGAUACAAGGGAUACCCUCACUGUGUGCGCUGUAACUGCAGCCUUAUAGGGAGCCUGAAUGAUGACCCUUGUGCAGAUCAAUGUAUAUGUAAGGAACAUGUGGAAGGGGAGAACUGUGACAGGUGUAAGUCUGGAUUCUAUAACCUACAAGAAAAGAAUCCAGAGGGCUGCACAGAAUGUUUCUGUUUUGGUGUUUCUGAUGUCUGCGAUGAACUCUUUUGGCAUACAACUCAGAUGUCUGAUAUCCAUGGCUGGCGUGUUAGUGACUUGCAUGGAUCUGAGAGAAUUUUCCCACACCAAGACCUGUUUGAUGGUCCUCAUCAAAUAAGCAUCAAUAACUCUGAGGCCAGGAAGACAUUGCACUCUGUCUAUUACUGGGAGGCACCAUCUUCUUACCUUGGAAAUAAACUAACAUCUUAUGGGGGAGUUUUGAGGUAUACAGUGUCCUAUGAUAUUCCUGUGGAAAGUUUAGAUAGGGAACCCGUUUCUAAUGUGGACCUCGUUAUGCAGGGAAGUGGUAUCACCAUAGUCACAAGGACUGAAGGUUUGCUCCUGCAGCCAUAUGAAGAACACACAGCUGAAAUAAAACUGCUUCCGGAAAACUUUCUGGACUUCUAUACAAACAGACCCUUGGAUCGCGACAGGCUAAUGACUGUUCUGGCUAAUAUUAAUCGCCUGUGGAUACGAGCUACCUAUAACAAUGACAAGAAUGCAGUCACCAGGCUAAGCUCAGUAACACUUGAUACAGCUACACCUAAUGUGAUUGACCUCCUGCCAGCUGUACAAGUGGAAAACUGUGAAUGUCCACCUGGCUAUGCUGGCACAUCGUGUGAGUCUUGCAUACCUGGAUACUAUAGAGUUGGUGGAACCCUCUUCGGUGGAAUUUGUCAGCCUUGUGAUUGCAACGGCCAUGCAACAGACUGUGAUAUCCAUGGUGCUUGUUAUGGCUGCCAGCACAAUACUACAGGUCCCCAUUGUGACCAGUGCAUUCCAGGAUUCUAUGGAUAUCCAACAGCAGGAACACCUCAGGACUGCCAGCUGUGUGCUUGUCCUCUAAAUGCACCUUCCAACAAUUUUAGUCCAACUUGUUAUCUGUCUGGAGAAGAAGACGUGAUAUGUGACCAAUGUGCACCUGGUUAUACUGGACCACGGUGUGAAAAGUGUGCCAAUGGAUACUAUGGAAAUCCAUCAGUGCUGGGAGGGUCCUGUGUCCCUUGUGAUUGUAAUGGCAAUAUAGACCCCUUUGAAGAUGGCCAUUGUGAUUCAGUGACAGGAGAGUGUCUGAAAUGUAUUGGUAACACAGCUGGGCGCUACUGUGAAAGAUGCGCUGAUGGCUUCCAUGGGGAUGCCAUUUUUGUGAAGAACUGUACUGCAUGCGAGUGUCACCCAGACAGCUCAAUCUCCUCAAUGUGCCACCAUGACACUGGAUUGUGUGACUGUAAACCACACGUCAUCGGAAAAAAAUGUGAUCAAUGUGAGCCUGGGUUCUAUGGCUUGACAUCUGGCCUUGGCUGCCUGCCUUGUAACUGUAGCUUAUCGGGUUCAAACUCUGGAGUGUGCGAUGAUGCCGGUCAGUGCCCAUGCGUUAGUGGAGUGGCAGGAGUUAAGUGUGAUGUCUGUGCCCAAGGAUUUUAUGGAUACGAGGAUGGUGGCUGUACAGCUUGUGACUGUGAGCAUACACAGAAUAACUGCAACCCGCAGACUGGAGAGUGUAUCUGUCCCCCUCACACGCACGGGUCGAAGUGCGAAUUCUGCAAAGCCAACUACUGGGGCCAUGAUCCUGAGCUUGGAUGUCUGGAAUGCAACUGCAGCACCGAUGGGUCUUCGAGUCUACAGUGUGACCUUACUACUGGCCAGUGUCUGUGCCGGAAGGAGUUUGCUGGCCAGACAUGCAAUACUUGUCUAUUUGGAUACAGAAAAUACCCCAGCUGCAUCUCCUGUGACUGUGAUGUAAAAGGUACCCAGUCUGCUUGGUGUGACGAUGAACAGAAGAUGUGUAGCUGUGGAGAAGAAACUGGUAACUGUGCUUGUAAGGACAAUGUGAUCGGGAGUUAUUGCAAUGAGUGUAAAGGUGGAACCUUCGCUCUGCACGGUGAAAACCCUCUCGGUUGUUCUCAGUGUUUCUGUUCUGAGGUGUCCCAGCUAUGUGCAGAGGUUGAGGACUAUGUACGCAUUCCUAUCACCUUGGUUCCAAACCAAUCUCUGCUCCGUGUGGUUUCUCUGAAUGAUAUGAAUGGAACUACAGAUGGUGUGUUCUCCGAGGCUGUUGACAUGUUACUAGAUGGAUCCGUAAUACGGCAACACUUUUUAUCAGAUAUAUUUUAUUGGAAAUUACCUUCACAGUUCCUGGGGGAAAAGACAUUGGCUUAUGGAGGCAUGCUGAAGUAUGUUGUUACAUAUUAUGGACUUGGGGAGUCUGGUCCUUCAGAUUUUGAACCUCACAUUAUAAUGAAAGGUGGACAUCUCAGGAAACAAGUUCUUUACAUGGCCAAACCCAACCCAGUAAAUGGAGUGAGAACUGAGACACAAAUCAGCUUCAAAGAGGAAGACUGGAAAUAUCAUAAUUCUGUAUCUGAUGAGUCAGUUACAAGGAUGGAUUUCAUGUCAGUUCUCAGUAAACUUGACUACAUACUUAUAAAAGCAUCAUAUGGCUAUGGAUUACAACAGAGCAGGAUAUCGAAUAUCUCAAUGGACAUUGCAGUGGAGGCAGCAGAAAUGCAUUCUGGACGAGAAGCAGCUAAUCUUAUCGAGAUCUGUGAAUGUCCUCCUGGCUAUGCAGGCCUUUCAUGCCAGGAGUGCACGUCCGGCUACUUCAGAGAAAAAGUGACAGAAGUAAAUGUACGAGGACCACGGCCUUUUAUUGCACCAUGUGUACCAUGCCAGUGCAGUAACCACAGUGAGAUCUGUGAUCCAGAUACCGGAGAAUGCUUGGGUUGUACAGAUAAUACUGCAGGACACCACUGCCACGUCUGUGCAUCAGGUUACUAUGGCAAAGUGGCAGGGUCAAUCACUGAUUGUUCACUAUGUGCCUGUCCCAAAGGCAACUCUAAGAGCUUUAGCCCAACCUGUGUGCUAGAAGGCAUCGAUGACUUCCGCUGUGAUGCGUGUCUGCCUGGAUAUGAGGGAAAGUACUGUGAAAGGUGUUCUCUAGGUUAUUUUGGCAAUCCAAGUGAUCCAGAUGGGAGCUGUCAGAUAUGUGACUGCAAUCCAAGUGGUUCUUUGCAUAAUCACUGUGACAGAAUUACUGGCCAAUGUGUUUGUAAGGUUGGAGUGACUGGACGUCUUUGUGAUACAUGUGAAGUCAGGCAUACCCUACUGGAACAGCAAUGCAUAUCUUGUGAUGAUGACUGCACAGGACCGUUAUUAGAUGACCUGGAUGUUCUGCAUAGAACUAUAUUCUCUAUAAACUUCACUGGAAUUGUCACAGUACCUCAUGGAUUCAUGACACACCUGGAAAACAUGACAAUGCAUGUAAAGGAUUCUGUGUUUACGAAUUCUAACAAGACCCAGAACCUGGACCAAACUGUGAAGCAACUGAAUGCAGUAUCUGCAGACACAGUCCUCCUACACAACAGACUGGCACAGGUAAAGAAGCAUGGGUUCAGUGUGCAUAAUUCCACCAUUAACACCUUGAACAAAAGCCAGGAACUAAUGGGAUUUAUUGACAAAAUGCAAACUACAAUUAAAGUGCUAAUAGAAGUGGCAGAAAGUCUAAAUGAGACACUUGGUAGUGAUGCCCUUCUGCCAGUGAAUUACCAGGAAGGCGUUUUAUCCAAGCUGGGAGAGCUGAGCACAAGAAGCUUUAGUGAUCACAACCAAAAUGCUGUAGAAAAUGUCAAGGCUUUAGAUGUCUUACUAUCCAGAGUCCAGAAGGAAUUUGGGAAGCCACAUGACGACUUAGCGAAGGUGAAGAAGAGCCUUGAGAACUCACUAGAUCAGCACACCAGCAAAUUGCUUGCAGCCGAGGACUUCAUAUAUGAAUCCGCUUCAAACCUCAAUACCACCAACAAUUUGCUGGUUGUUAUCCAAAACAAUCUGGAAGACUUCAGUGUAAAAAAGCUUAAUUUCCAGGAAAACAAGAACCGUUCUGUGAUGCUGAUAGAGGAAGGACUUGGACUAGUGGAUGAGGCAGUGUUACUUGCAGAAGACACUAUUAAUGCUACAUCAGUGUUGGAGAUGCACCAGGAAGAGCUCAUUAUGUGGAACACAAAGCUGAGACAUCAUGUGGAUGAGCUGGUUAUGCAGAUGUCUAAGCGAGAUGCUUUGGACUUGGCCUAUAAUUCUGAAGAUCAUGCUGCUGCUCUUCUGAGGCUUUCAGAUUCUCUCAACAGUUCUCUUUCAGAUGUACGGAAUACUUCAUUUAAUGCCACAAAUGCCAUACAAGCCCACUCUAAUAUAAAAAGGAUGGUUGAGCAAGCUGAAGUCCUGGCUGAGCAGUCAAACUAUACUAUCUCAGAGACUGUAAGAUUGGUAUCUGGACCAAAUGGAUCUUUGGUUGGUACAUCAAAGGAUUCUUUGAUGUUCAGCUCACAACUGGUAAAUGAAUCCAAGAACUUAAGCCGCAACACAGAAGGUCUCGUCUCUCAUUUGAAUGGGCUGAAGACAAAAGUGGAUGAGAUACAAAAACGAACCCGCGUGUUUACUGGUCAGAUAAAUGAGCAGCUGCGUUCUCUGAGAAGCCUGCCGAAUGAUACAAGUUCUAAACUUCAAGAGGCCAAAGAUCUAGCUUUGUCUGCAAACACCACUGCUGCUGGUACCCUGGGCCAUAUCAUGAACUUCAGCCAGAAGCUGUCAAAUGCCACUUCUACAUUGUCCAGGGUGAAUGACACUUUACAGAGAACUAAUGUGCUUCUGGUUGACUCCUCGAAGGCUGCUGUAUCAGCAGAGAGCAGAAUUAAAGAGGUGGAGACGCAGGCUAACAUUCUUUUGGACAGACUAAAACCAAUGAAGUUGCUGGAGGAGAAUCUAAGCCGAAAUCUAUCCGAAAUAAAGGAGCUGAUUAAUCAGGCACGAAAGCAAGCAGCAUCAAUUAAAGUAGCUGUUUCAGCUGAUAGAGAUUGCGUGCGUUCUUACCACCCAGAGAUCCGUUCCACAAACUUCAAUACUCUGAUAUUAAAUGUAAAAACCAGUGAACCUGACAACCUUCUGUUUUAUAUGGGCAGUAAUAGUAAGGCUGACUUCAUGGCAGUGGAGAUGAGACAGGGAAAAGUUUCAUUGCUUUGGGACUUGGGCACCGGAGCCACAAGACUUGAAGAUCCUGGCAUGCAAAUAAACAACAACAAAUGGCAUAAAAUACAUGCAACAAGGUUUGGAAGAUCCGGCACACUGGCAGUAGAAGAAGUCAAUACUUCUCAGAAAACCUCAACCAAACCUUCAUCCUCCCCAGGGACCUCAUCCAUUCUUCAUGUAGAUAAUUCCACGCUAAUGUUUAUUGGAGGCAUUGGGGGCGGCUUACAGAGGUCACCAGCACUGCAAACAACAGAUUUUAGGGGAUGUAUGGGAGAAGCAUUCCUGAAUGGCAAAUCUAUUGGUUUAUGGAAUUAUGUUGAAAGACAGGGCAGAUGUGCUGGAUGCUAUGGAAGCCCUCAGGAUGAAGACACAUCUUUCUACUUUGAUGGCAGUGGUUAUUCCAUAGUGGAGAAGACCAUGCGAUCCACGACGACACAGAUAGUCAUACAUUUUCGUACAUUCUCACCAAAUGGUCUCCUGCUUUAUCUUGCAUCUAAUGGAACGAGAGAUUUCCUAUCUCUGGAAAUAGUGGAUGGAAAGUUGAGACUGUCAGUAGAACUUGGUUCAGGACCUCUGACAUUAACAACUGAUGGACGUUACAACGAUGGAAACUGGUAUAAAGUUGCUUUUCAACGGAACAAAAAGCAAGGUAUCUUAGCUGUUAUGGACUCGUACAACUCCAGUCAACGAGAGAAUAAACAGGGUGAGGCACCUGGUACAGCAUCAGACUUAAAUAGGUCGGACAAAGAUCCCAUAUACAUUGGUGGCCUUCCCAGGUCCAGAGUGGUGAGGAGACAACUAGUCAGCAGAUCCUAUGUUGGCUGUAUAAGGAACCUGGAGAUUUCACGAUCAAACUUUGACUUGCUAAGAAAUGCUUAUGGUGUAAGAAAAGGCUGUAAAUUGGAGCCUACACGCAGUAUAACUGUUCUUAAUGAUGGCUAUGUAGAAAUGCAGCCUGUGUCCUUAUCACCAGAGUCUGAGCUCAUGGUGUCGUUUUCCACUCUCAAUGACACUGGGAUUAUCCUGGCUGGAUUUGGCAAGGCAGCAGAGAAACGUAGUCGCAGGCAGGCCCAGCUGCCAUUUUUUGCUUUAAUGCUGAUAAACGGCCACAUUGAAUUACACAUUAAUCCUCUGGAUGGAGCAAGCACAAGAAAGACAGUCAUCAGAUCACCUACUGGGACCUAUAGUGACGGUCAAGAACAUUCCAUUAUUCUUCUUCGCAACAAAAGAUUUGUGAGUGUGCAAGUUGAUGAAGGGAAACCAGCAGAGGUGAAACUCAAUGGUCCAUCUGUGGAUUUAGUUGCCAUAAAUGCUUUUCGUUUUUUCAUUGGUGGAGUUCCUGGAAAAAUGGGCGCCACCAUGCUCAGGACAAGCCAGUCUUUCUACGGAUGCAUUCAGAAUUUGAUUUUAAAUAUGGAGCAGUUGGAUUUCACCACUGUUAUAAAGUAUGAAAAAGUCAAAAUGGAUAGCUGCAUGCUGACAGAGAAACCUGCCAUCAGCAAUGAAGAACCAGACGCACAACCGACAGUGAUAGCGCCCGUCACAGAAAGGAAAUUAACGCUGACCACACCCUUAGAGAAAUCGUAUGCCACUAAGGCAGUUCAGUGUGCACAGGAGGUGCUGCCUGGUUAUGUACCUGACGCUUACCAGUUUGGCCUCACUACUGGAAGUCAUAUGCUCUUGCCAUUUGACCAGUCUGCAGUCAGAAGAAAAUUGUCCGUCCAACUCACCCUGAGGGCAUAUGCCACAAGUGGCCUCAUCUACUAUAUGGCUCACCAAAACCAGAUGGACUAUGCUGCGCUACAGCUCCAUGACGGAAAACUUCACUUCUUAUUCGAUAUGGGAAAAGGAAAGACUGAGACCAUCCACCCGGUUCUGAUCAAUGAUGGCAAAUGGCACACAAUUUCCACAGAAUACAUUAAAAGGAAAAGUACAAUUACUGUGGACGGUCAAGAAGCCACGUCCACCAGCACUCCUGGUGAGAGCAACAGUCUAGAUGUGGAAGGCAAGCUGUACCUGGGUGGGCUGGCACCAAGCUACACAGCUAAAAACAUUGGAAAUGUAACCCACAGUAUCCCAGCAUGCAUCAGCAAUGUUUCUGUUAAUGGCAAGCGGUUGAAUAGAGAAGGAGCCCUGUCUAUACAUGGUGCGAAUAAAUGUUACGUCUCGGCACAACAAGGAACAUACUUUGAUGGGACAGGAUUUGCUGCUUUAGUAAAAGAAGGAUACAAAGUGCGAUUUGAUCUAAACAUAUCUCUAGAAUUCCGCACUACUGCAAGGAAUGCCGUUCUUCUCGGAAUUAGUAGUGCCAAAGUGGAUGCCAUUGGUCUGGAAAUUGUUAAUGGCAGGGUUCUGUUCCAUGUAAACAAUGGUGCUGGAAGAAUAACAGCAAUUUAUAAGCCAGAACAAGCAAACUCUCUUUGUGAUGGCGAAUGGCACCAGGUUAACGCCAAUAAGAUAAAGCACAAAAUUGUCCUCAAAGUCGAUGGAAACACAAUUCUGACUGACAGCCCUCAUGUCCAAUCUACCUCUGCGGAUACGAGUAAUCCAGUUUAUGUUGGCGGCUAUCCAGCUGGUGUAAAGCAAAACUGUCUGACCAGCCAGACUUCAUUCCGUGGUUGCAUAAGGAACCUGAAACUGAUGAAGGGCACCCAGACUGAGGCCGACGACUUCAGCAAAGCAUUCGAGUUACGUGGAGUCUUCCCUCAUUCUUGUCCAGCAACAGAACUAUAGACAAAAGGCAUAUUGUCAGCCUCUCACCCAGUUUCUAAACACAAAGGGUAUAUUAAUCACACAUGUGAUGUUAUCGCGCAUGAGAUAAUUUAAGUGCAUGCUGUGUCAGGCUUCCAGAUUGAUUACUUGCCCAGAAAUGUAUUUUAGGCAAUGUGAUGAAAUAACCCUGUGACAUAGCAAAGCAUUAAGCGAUAUCAUCUCAUGAGGUUUGAUGACUAUUACUCCUUAAAGCUAAACUCCAGAUAGAAAUAA